UAAUAAUACGAGACUGUGUUGGUGGCACUCAGGAUCUCUAAUAUAACUGGAUUGGUUGACUCCGUGCAAAUCCUGAAGGGUGUAACCGUGUAGGUGACUCCCGACCUCAAGUUCAAGUUCAAGUACCCCAAAGCGCGGGAACAGGACACAGGUGUACGCACAUUGGAUCACCAUGCACGCGUUCCUCAAGACAGGCAAGCUCGGACCUGGUGGGGCGGGUCCAAGCACCAGCGCGGCGGGGAAAGAGAAAGCCGGUGGAAGGAAGGCACCUGCACCGUGGGUUGAGAAAUACCGCCCCCGCACAGUAGAGGAGGUGGCCUAUCAGGAGGAGGUGGUGGCAGUGCUCAAGAAGACACUGCAAGGAGCUGAUUUACCAAACCUGCUCUUCUACGGGCCGCCAGGGACCGGGAAGACGUCAACAAUAUUAGCAGCGGCAAGGCAGCUGUUUGGUGACAUGUUCAGGCAGAGGGUGCUGGAGCUCAACGCGUCAGAUGAGCGAGGAAUUCAAGUCGUUCGGGAGAAGAUCAAGAAAUUCGCUCAAACCACCGUCUCUGCCACCAGGCCUGAUGGUCGGCCGUGCCCGUCCUACAAGAUUGUGAUCCUGGACGAGGCGGACAGCAUGACGCGGGCCGCCCAGGCAGCACUGCGGCGGACCAUGGAAACCCAGUCACGGUCCACUCGCUUCUGCCUCAUCUGCAAUUAUGUGACCAGAAUCAUUGAGCCCUUGACUUCCCGAUGCUCCAAGUUCAGAUUCAGGCCGCUGUCCCAUGACAUCAUAGUAGAGCGCCUCACCCACAUAAGCGAGAUGGAGGGUGUGCAGUGCGAGGAGGGUGUGCUGGAGGCCCUCAUCGAGACAUCCGAGGGGGAUCUGCGACGCGCCAUCACCUCCCUCCAAUCCACUGGCCGCCUGCGCUCUGGGGAGACUGUGCGCAAGGGUGAUGUGAUGGAGAUUACCGGUAAGGUGCCAGAAGACCUCAUUGAUGGCCUCGUCGAGAUCUGCAGCAAAAAUUCUUACGAGGAAAUACAGAAAAAUUUGUCAUGCCUUCUGACCGAGGGGUAUUCUGCCAGCCAGGUCAUGAGCCAGCUACAUGACAAGAUAGUCUUCCACAUUGCUCUGAAGGACCUCCAGAAAGCCACCAUCUGCCAGAAAUUAGCCGUGUGCGAGCAUCACCUCAUGGACGGCGGGGAUGAAUUCUUGCAACUGAUGGACCUGUGUUGUGUUGUAAUGCAGCAACUGUGUCACAAGAAAUGAGGCUCUGUGUGUGUGUGUGUGUGUGUGUGUGUGUGUGCCAUUCAUUCACCCUGGUAUGUGGUAUAUGAUAUUCUACUGCAAUCUGAAAGUAUUGUUAUAUUUCUGCCAUACAAAACUGACUGACAAUUUUGGACCAUCUAUAUACACUGCCAUCUAAGGGUCAAAAACUUGAUAAAUGUGU